AUGACUGUUGACAUUGCCAUAGGAACUGCGUCUGCUCGUUAUGGGGCUGACAUCGUCAUUCUUCAAUUUCGCUUCACUGGAACGCAAACUUCCUUCUACAACUCCCACAACUCAAUUGCGUACAUAGGCACAUCAACUUCCACAAUGGCAUCGGCACCCAAGCCUCCGCCUGGCCACUUCAACGUCCUCUACUUUGCGACUGCCAGCUCUUUCACGGGCAAGGACUAUGAUGCGCUGCCCGCAGCCAUGUCACUGAAGCAGCUCUUUGCAGAGCUGGAGUCGAGGUACCCUGGCAUGAAGAGCAAGAUCCUUGACUCGUGCCUCGUUACGGUCAACCUCGAUUAUGUAGAACUGUCCAGCGAGGAAGGCGUCGACGACACCGUGAUCCAGGAAGCAGACGAAGUGGCCAUCAUCCCUCCCGUCAGCUCUGGUUGA